UUUUUGUAAAAGGGCUAUAAAGGUCUUUAUUUCGAUUCAAGAAAUAAUAGUUAAAAUAUUUUUCGUAUAACACGUAUAGACAAACAACGAAUGAAUUGGAUUCGAGGUUUGGAUAUGUAAUAACGGGUAAUUAAAAGAAUAUAUCUCUACAUUUAUUUGCCUCAGAGUAAAAUGUUUUGAUAUAUUUUCAAUUCAUUUUGGAAAAGUGUGUGCACGGAAUGAAUAAGUGCUCUGUGUGUUAAUUAAAAUAUAAUGGAGUAAUAGACUACCUGCGGAGAUUAUUAAAAGUUUAGGAAUAUUCUCAGUGUAUCUACGUCAGCAGAAGAUAUUUAAUAGCAAAGCAGACGAAAAUGUUAUCUCUAGAUUGUUGCGCGAGCUCACAGUCACGCGGUUCAAAGUCCUCAAAGUGUAAAAAAUUCAUCCGCCUGAGUCCCAGCUCCAAGAAAAAACAUUCCAAAUCCUCUGAUUCUAAAGACGCUCACGUUUCGGUGCCGGGUUCAAGUGGCGACCCUGGAGCAGAAUAUAAUAUGGCAAAGUCAAAAAAUGACCAACGUGUUCCGAAUGGUCUCAACGAUCACGAUUUAAAACAAGCAUUUGAAAUGUUUGACAAAAAUAAUGACGGAAAGAUCUCAAGCGAAGAGCUGGGUUGUGUAUUACGGGCUCUUGGUCACGAACACUCUCAUAAAGAAGUUGAAGAUAUGAUAAAAAAUGCAGAUACGAACGAAAACGGGUAUGUCGAAUACGACGAAUUUAUCAGCAUGAUGCAACGGUUUCGGGAUGAUUCCGAAGGUGAUCCGAAUUCCGCCGAGGCUAAAAAACGAGAGGCGUUCAAAGUGUUUGACAUGGACGGCAACGGAUUUAUCGACAAACAUGAACUUAAAUAUGUAAUGAGGAGAUUGGGGGAAAAUUUAUCAGAUGAAGACCUUAAAGCAAUGUUUUCAGAGGCGGAUUUAAACGGAGAUGGAUUAAUUGAUUUCGACGAAUUUUCCCGCCUGCACAUGGCAUGAGAUGCAAGGGAGAGAACCAUUUAUACAUCUUUACUUUAUAGUUGUUCCCCCUGAAUUUAUGUGUCACCAUGACGCCGCGUGCAGGAGACGUUAUAUUUAGCGUGGUUCAUUUUUUAAUUUUAAUUUUUGCUCACCAAAAUUUCGCCAUCUAAAACUGAUGCUACUAGAUUGACAAAUUGUUUAAAGUCAUUUACAUCAUCUUUAUUCGAUUUGAGUGUUAAUUCUUAAUUUAUGAUUUAGUACUGUUACGUCUUGUAAACUUUGAGAGAAAAAGCAAUGGAUGUUGUUCCACGGUAAAAGUAUUUUUUUCUCUGAAAACAAUGACAGUGUGUUGGAAUUUAAGAAAACAACAAAAAACAACAAUACUUUUACAAAAUUCAGACAAACCGCUACACUCGGCGAAUGGAUACACAUUUUAAACAGGCAUCAGAUCACUAAAUUGUCCCUGAAAUGUUGGAUCAACCAUAGAUAUGCACUUGUUUAUGGUAAAAGUAUUGAAAUAGCGCUUGAUUAAUGCAUAAAAAGAAGCAUGCAUUUAUUCUUUUCGUUCAAAUUGCCAUGUCCGUUCAAAUUGCAAUGUAGUGAAGGUUUUGUUCCUAUGAUUUGCGCAGGGUCUUUCAAACAGAAAUAUUUGAAAUACCUUGAAUAUAGUGGUGCGCCGUACAAUAAAUGACUUAAAGGAACGAUUACUCAUGUAUAAAGUUAAUUGCAACAACAGUUACUUCCCUUAUACAGUUUGCCGAACUAUGGAAAUUGGUUAAUGGUGAAUUUUCUCGCAAAGUAAUUGAGAAAAAUUUGAUGAUAUUCACUAAAUUAGAUGUCGAGGGUUGCCUUUAAUGACCGUUUAUGUGAACAAAAUUUCUGUUUAACUUUGAGCGGGUUAAGCCUAUCUAUAUGGGACGUGAGUUUGUGUUAUAAGAUGAUUCUCACCUAAUAAGUACAUGUACAUGUAUAUGUCAACUUUGUGUAAAACCAACACAAUGUUGUAUUUGAGAUAAUUUCAAAAAAAGUUAUAAUGUUUAUGGGAUUCAUUUUGUGUCAGGUGUUUUUGUUGUGUUAUUUCCCCCCUUUUUAAUUAUCUGCAAUUUAUGUAUUGAUUAUGACAAAAUCGUUUGUCUGUCUGUCUGUCUGCGUUAAUAUUUCAUAUUACGUAUUUUUUACUUAUAGUUGGAGCAACUUUUGUAUCUUUACAGUUAUUCUUUUUUAUUGUUCAUUGACACCAUUUUUUCUAGUGUUGUUUUUUUUAUACAGUUUCGUAAUUUUUGUUCUUAUACAAAUUGCUUUUGGACAAAUAUAAAACUUUGAUUAAUAACUUGCAUAGAAUACCAACAAUGUGUAAUAUGUGAAGAAUUUUUUUUAUUGAUUUAUAAAAAAAAAACGCUACGGGUGUGAAAAUCAUUAUUAAUUCUAGGCAAAUUUCGGGAAAUGUGACGUAAUUCGAAAACAUUUGGUUACUUUCAAUUCAAUCCAUUUUGUUUAAUGUCUGAAAAAAGGGGGUGGGGGCAUCAUUUUAUUAGUUUCUCAGUAUGUGUUUAGAGUUGAUUAUGCAGUCCCAGUACAUUCCAGUACCCAGGAAAACUAACCCCUGUAUAAUAAACACCCUUAUAGUGUACUUGUAUUUAAAACCCAUGUGAAAAGAAGAAGUGCGCAAUUCCCUUUUAAUGUUACAUUAGCUUACGAGUCAUUUAUUGCAAAGAAAUAUUUUCGACAAAUAUUUUCUUUCUUUUUUCAUUUUUUUUUUGAAACUAAAAGUAAUUGAUGGUUGUAAUAUCCUAUUUUUUACUUCAGUAUCAUCAAUUUAAAGAAAAUAAUUCUAUAACUGCGUUAUAUAUUCGUAAAAAUUACAAAACUAUACAUUUUUUCACGUGCGCACGAGCUUCCGCGGUCACGUGCGUCACGUGAAUAUCAUGUUUUGUUGUUAUGUGUCAUACAUGUUCCUAUGCAUUUAGCAAAUCGGGGAACCAGGGUGACUUAUAUCUACAUUUUACAGCGAAAACUAACUCUUUUUGCCACAAAGGGCUUCCUCCAAAAUUGUACUAAGCUAUGAGUCAUCUGAAAAUGCAGUGAACUCGAUGGGAAGUCAUUUGACUUUGGAAAAUAUCGCAAGGAGAAAGUUAUAUUACUUUUUUAACUUCAAAAUACAUGACGAACUAUGAACCAUUUUUUGUGAAAUUUUAAGCAGCUACAGCAACAAAUUUCAAAUCUGAAAUAAUGUCGAUUUUUAAUUUGUACAUGUAUAUAAUUUUUGCUGUUCACUGUAUUUACAAGUCACAAACAAACCCUCUCUGUCUUUGAAAUUAUAUUACUUUAUGAUAUUGUAUUGUUUCCCCUGUGAUAUUUUGGUCAUGUGACCUGUUUUCUGUCACGUGUUAUCACGUGAUUUGUUUACCCUGUGCAAUGAUGUAUUUUUUGACGAUUCAAAUAUAUUUGUGUGUGUGUGUUUUUUAUUAUGAGUUUCUUUCGAGCCACAACAGCCAAACUAUUUUUUUUCUCAAAGUUAUGUUUAUUAUUGUUAAUAUUUUACGCCCUUUCAUUUACAAAUUUAUGUUUUGAUCGGUAAUGUAUUUCACUUUUGGUAUUUUUUCAUACAAAAAGAAAAAUCUUUAUUUUUUAGUGAAUGGGAUUCAGCCUUUGUGAAUUAUUAUAGUAUGUAACGGAACCUUUUAAACCGAUUCAUUUUCUUUGGUAGAUACACUUUUAUUGUAAAAUAAUAUCUGAUUUUUUUUUUGUGUAAAACUAUUUACCAAUAUUAAAGUUUUUGUUAAAGAAUGAUUAGAUCAAAGAUUAUAGAAGAAAAUAUUAUUCAGGAGUUUUUGGAAAAAAAAUAUUUAUGUUUGUUUGUAACAUUGAUAUUCUCACAGUGAAACGGCGAUACCGGGGCCUCUUUCAUAUUUGUGUCUUACUAGUAGAAUGGUCUUACGUAAUUAAGUAAAUACGAGCAAAUAGGCACGCUGUCGAAGGCCCAAACAUCGUGGGUGGCGACCACCAUGUUACAUUUUUUGUCAAAUAAUUUUGUUUUUAAUUCUAGAAAAAGUCAUCUAGGACAUAAUAGUGUGAUCUUAAAAAAGUAUUAUUUGCGAAAUAGAGCCAUUUUGAUUCCUGUGAAGUCAUCUAGGCCAGAAAAUUGUGAUCUUUGAAUUUCCCCUUUUUAAGUAUUGUUUGCGAAAUAAAACCAUUUUGAUUCAUGUGUGGGUAUCAGAUGAGGUUUUACUGUAUAUUUAUAUAUUCGUGGUACAAUUAAGGUUACUUAGUUUAUUAAGUUCCAAAAUGCUAAAAGAUAUUAUAAAUCAUUUAAGAAUGUUCACUGGAAAAUUAUAUAGCAUACGUUUCAUUACAAGAAAUGUUAAAUACCUCACAUAUGGAAGAAGAAAAACAAUACAACAACACAUUUACAUAUAUAAAGUGUUUUUGUAUUACAAGUAUGCAUUAAUGAACAGAAAAUAUAUGCAACGGUUUGUAAACUUCGUAUAAUAUACAGUUUCGUAUAAUAUUAUAGUUUUAUAUUAUAAAUGCAAGAAUUGUAGUGCCAGAAUUUGCUGACACGAGAAAUCUGAACAUUACAAAUAUUUUGGUCUCAGACGAUAAUUUCAUCGUAUACUGGCGUUACAUGAUUCUUUAUGUUUUCCUUUUUUUCCCUAUUUUUCUUAUAUUACUUGGUGAUAUUCACCUGAAUUGACGUUAAAUGGCUUUUAAAUUUCUAACACAAUAGAUAACUGACGUUAGACCCAUGUUACAUCACCAGAUUUCGUUGACAUCACCCUGUACUGACGUGAUAGUACUUACACAUGACGUCAAAAAAGCGAUUACAUCAUCAUUAUACCGUUCACGUCUCUAUGACGUAAUACACAUUGAUUUCACUGUGGAUUGACGUCACGUUUACUGUACCGUCACUCGCACGCGGUGAUGUCAUCGGUAAUUAAAUUUAGAUAUGUGUAACAAUUUUUUUACAUAUUUUGUUGAUUAUAUUUAAUAUCUAAACAAGUAUAUUAAUAAUUAAUACCUUAUCCUCUAAAAGAUUGAUUGUAUAUAAUAUAAUUAUGUAAAUAGUUGUUAAAAUAUUUGGAGAUUUUUCUAA